AUGUUCUGGCACCGUCUGGGUUGCAUUGGUGCGUGUACAGGUGUCCUCAUCGACGCCUUUGGUGCUCAUGGCCUUCGCUCUAAGCCUAACAUCACACCACGCGAUAUCGAGGUAUGGCAAACGGCAGCUAGGUACCAAAUACUGAGUAGUAUUGGUAUCAUCAUUGCUGCUAACAUCAAUAGAAGGCCGGGAAUGAACUAUCCUGCUCUACUCCUCUCACUGGGCACCCUCUUCUUCUCAGCUAGUCUUUACGCCUUAGUGCUCACUGGUGUCAAGCGCUUAGGGGUUGUCGCCCCUGUAGGAGGGCUUCUAAUGGCCGCUGGAUGGUUUGCCAUGGCAUUCUGA